AUCCAAAAGAAAGAAAAGUCCAACAUGAAAAACCUAUAUAAUAAGCAUGUCACAUCCAUCUUCAUUAUUCACAUCUUUAACACGUUCUCUUACAUCUCUACCUCCCCCAUGCUGGUUCCAAUGGCUCUCACAUUUAGACUCUUAUUUUUGUCCUUUCUCUCAUUGUUAAUCUCCUCCUCCAUAGCCCAAACCUCCUUCAGACCAAAGGCCCUUGUUCUUCCAGUCACCAAAGAUGUUUCUGCCCCAUCGCCUCAGUAUGUAACUCAAAUCAAACAAAGAACUCCACUUGUGCCUGUGAAGCUAACCCUUGAUCUUGGUGGUGGCUACUUUUGGGUGAACUGUGAAGAGGGUUAUGUCUCAUCUACCUCUAAACCAGCCCGUUGUGGCUCUGCUCAGUGCUCCCUUUUCGGGCUACAUGGUUGCAGUGGAGAGAAAAUAUGCGGUCGCUCUCCAAGCAACACUGUCACUGGUGUUUCCACAUCUGGUGACAUUCAUGCAGACGUUGUUUCCAUCAAUUCCACUGAUGGAAACAACCCUGGUAGGGUGGUUUCUGUGCCAAACUUUCUCUUCAUAUGUGGAUCAAAUGUUGUGCAAAAAGGCCUUGCUAGUGGGGUCACAGGCAUGGCUGGUCUUGGCAGGACCAAAGUUUCUUUUCCUUCUCAAUUUGCCUCAGCUUUCAGCUUCCACAGAAAAUUCGCCAUUUGCUUGAGUUCUUCCCCUAUGACAAAUGGUGUAAUGUUCUUUGGUGAUGGCCCUUAUAAUUUGAACAUGGAUGUCUCCAAGGUUCUCACUUUCACUCCUCUCAUUACAAACCCUGUUAGCACUGCUCCAAGUGCUUUCUUGGGGGAACCCUCUGUGGAAUAUUUCAUUGGGGUGAAAUCUAUUAGAGUCUCUGGCAAAAAUGUGCCAUUGAAUGCAACCCUUUUGUCUAUAGAUGGAAAUGGCUUUGGUGGGACCAAGAUUAGCACUGUUAAUCCAUACACUGUUAUGGAGACCACAAUUUACAAAGCUGUCUCUGAGGCGUUUGUGAAAGCGGUUGGGGUCCCUACUGUUGCACCUGUGGCUCCAUUUGGGACUUGCUUUGCAACCAAAGAUAUUGGGUUUUCAAGAAUGGGCCCGGGUGUGCCUGCCAUAGAUCUGGUGUUGCACAAUGAGGAAGUGGUGUGGAACAUCAUUGGUGCAAACUCAAUGGUGCAGCUUAAUGAUGUAAUUUGCUUGGGCUUUGUGGAUGCUGGAUCAGGCCCAAGUACGGACCAAGUUGGGUUUGUGGUGGGUGGUUCUCACCCAAUGACUUCAAUCACAAUUGGAGCACAUCAGUUGGAGAACAACUUGCUGCAAUUUGAUUUAGCAACCUCAAGGCUUGGGUUCCGCUCCCUCUUCUUGGAACACACCAACUGUGCCAACUUUAACUUUACUUCUUCUACUUAGAAUUGGAUUAUUCUACUCUAAUCAAAAUUUGGUACACGGGGUUUGUAUUUUAAGGUCAAUGUGAUGAAUAAGUGAGGUUACAUUUAUACAUAGCCUCUAAAAUUUAAUUACCGUAUGUCUAAAAAAUAAAUAGCACAGUUGUUUGAUGGAGCUACCA